AUGAAGCUGGAUGGUCCAGAUCCCUCACCGCCCUCCGUCAUCCCCUCACCUUCUCAGAUCAAAUUUCCCUCGAACUCUUUUCCUUAUUGUUCCCUUAUCACUCUCCAUCCUAUUAUGGCUCGCCAUGGCCAAUCCAAGGCGCAGCGAAAACGCCCGCCUGCGGUGGCUAGACCAUCGCCACCCCGAUUUACAAUGCAACAAGAAGCCCGCAAUACUGAGACCCACCUCCGCUCCUGGACACAUAGCAAUCUCAGACACAAGGCAGUUGAGUUUGUAAGCGCAGGGCAGCUACGGAGAAAUGAACACGAAGUCGAUCAAGAAGACGCUGGCCAGAAAGAGAUCCUUGAUCAGACCCCAGAGCCUCAAAGUGAUCGCCAAUCAGAACCCAGAGAAGAUGCCCAAGACUUUGCUUUCUUCCUCGAUACUAAACCCAAAGAUGUUGCACAGACUGGGCUCCCUGACCCCACAGUACGCGCCGAUACUCCGGAGAGCGAUGACAGCGAGGACGAAGUCGUGUUCACAGGACGACAGAACAACCAAAAGCCCAUAGUGAUCAAAACUGACGAGGCCGAGCUCCGCGAGUAUCUGCAGCAUCCUCAAUCCUCGUUGACAAAUUUAUUGGGUACCCAAAACAUCGAACGGCAUGGUUUACACAACCACAUCUCGGCCACACGUUUUCAUACGAUGCACAAUAACCGACAUAAACAAAACCUGUCACCAGAGAAGAACAUCGACACAGAGAUGAAUCACAACAUCAAAAUGGAACACGAUCUGGUCCAAGAGAACUCACAACCGCAUGAAGCUGAAGGUGGAACUGACCUGGGCGAAUGCCGAGCCGAACAAGAACUGCCAACCCAGGGCUCAGAAGCAGAAAAUCACCCUAACCAGGAACUAGACGAGACAGAGGUUCAAGGGUCGAUCGAUGUCUUGUCAAAAAUGCACCUCGACACCGAAAUAGAUGACGAGACCAGUUCAGGCGAGGACGAGGAGGUGGAUGACUCGGGUGACUCCAACGACUCAGAAGACCCCGAUGAAUCCGAGGGUGAAAUAAACGACAUGGAUGACGAUGGCUUGCUCGAAGAACUUGCCAACAGCUUUGCCGCAGGACAACGCGGACCCCGCUAUGGGAAGCAUACUUUCCCAUCAGCAACAGCAUUCGUGGAUGCCCUUGAAUCAGAUCCAUAUUAUGGAGUCGAUAUCAUGGACUUCGAUCGACCUAGUCUGCAAAGGAGACCCAAAGGCAAGAAGGCACCGUUAUUUGAGGACCUUAUGAUCUCCGAUAGCGAGUUAGAACUCCACCUCCAAGGAGUCUGGCAAACGGAUCGGAAGAAAAAGAGCAUCAAGAAGCAGGAGCGAGAAGUACUGCGUUCUCAAGGUCUACUGGGCAGAAAAUCGGGAGAUCCUGAUCUCAAAGUAAAGUAUGCAAAGGGAAUGAACCUUGAGGAAUUUAUUUCUGAAAUAAGAACGUUCCUUCUUUCCCCCAAUAGCAGUCUCUCUCUACCGCCCAUGACAAAACAUCGGCGAAAGACAAUUCACGAAUUGGCCAACAAAGUGAAUUUGAAGUCACAAUCGCGCGGCAACGGGCCGGAUCGUUUCCCUGUGCUACUUAAAACGUCCCGCACCCCCAAAUACACUCGCAAGACCAUUUCCCAAGUCGACAAUCUUUUGUCUGGAAGAAAGCUAAAUCGUCGGCUUUUCCAGUCCUGGGGCCCAGAAAGCUCCAGACCAGCAAAACCAAAGAGAGGAGGUACGGGCGCUGCCGUGUCGUAUAUGGAUGGUGAUGUCGUCGGUGCAUCGGCGCCAGAGAUCGGAGCCGGAAACCGAGGGCGAGCCAUGCUGGAAAAGAUGGGCUGGAGCAGUGGAACCGCCCUUGGGGCCAACAAUAACAAGGGCAUUCUGCAACCUGUCGCACAUGUUGUUAAGAACUCCCGAGCGGGGUUGGGAUAA